UGUUUCCAGGGUGGACGGCCCUUCCGGUCGCGGAAAUGGCAAUGUCUACAGCAUGGGCGGUUCCAAAACAGGUUCGCGCGGUGUCAUCUGGCAGCAGGCCAGUGGCUGUGAAGCGAAGGACCCCAGCUCCAAGAUCGGCCGCAGGGCAGAUCUUGACAGCUUCAGUGGGCAGCCUGCUCGCAUGCCAAGCCGCAAGGUACAGUAGAUCACGCGCUCGCAGAGACCGAGCCUGUCGCGUCAUGCGUCAGGCAGAUCUGCGGUUCAAAGUGGGCGACAGGGUGGAGUGCUAUGUGGAUGGCUUCCAAUCUGGUACCAUCGUGAAGCUGCGAUACCACGAGCCUGGCUGGCCUGAAGAGAAGACAGUGCCAUAUCAGGUGAAACUGGACAUGGGGAUGACCAUCUAUGCGCCACUGGAUAGAGAUGACUGCAUUCGCAAGGCUGAAGGUAUUUUGGCAAAGGGAAGGAUCCCGGUGACCGUGCUGACAGGUUUCUUGGGUGCUGGGAAGACAACUUUGCUGAAUUACAUUCUUCGUUCUCAGCAUGGGAAGAAGUACGCAGUGAUCGAAAACGAGUUCGGCGAUGCCGCUAUCGAUGAGAUGCUUUUGGAGGAGGGUGCUGGCAAGCAAUCCACGAUGGAGUCCGUAACCGUCCUGGACAACGGUUGCCUUUGCUGCUCCCUCCGUGAUGACCUGGUGCUGGCGAUCCGUAAUAUCGUUGACACGGUGGAGGAUCGACUGGCACGCGGAGUCCCAGAUGCGGCCUUGGACGGCAUUUUGAUCGAGACCACCGGCAUGGCAGACCCGGGACCCGUGUGCAAGACCUUUAACUUGGACCCGGUGGUCAACAAGUACUGCAAGAUUGAUGGCAUCCUCACUGUGGUCGAUGGAGUCCAUUUUUUGGAUCAAUUGGCACGGGAGCGACCAGAGGGUACCGUCAAUGAGCCCGCUCAGCAAGUGGGCUUUGCUGACAAGGUGCUGUUGAACAAAGUGGAUGCCGUCAGCCCCGCGAAGCUGAAACGAACCAGUGAGGCCAUCCGUUCAGUCAAUGCCUUCGCGCCCAUUGUGGAAUGCAGUUUGUCGCUGAAGCCCGAUGCGGUGCCAGUGCAGGACUUAGUGGAGAUUGAUGCCUUUGAUGCCACCAAGCUGUUGACAGAGGAGAGUGAGCAAGGUGAAGUGGACCUUGCUCACAGUGGUCACAGCCACAGCCAAAGUCAUGAAAGUCGCGAUGGUCACAGUCAUGGCGACCAUGGCGAUGGAGAUUGCCACGAUCCAAGCUGUACAGAUUCAUCGCACGGCCACAGUCAUGCCCAUGCCCACGAUCUGGACUGCCAUGAUCCAGACUGCCAAGACCCAUCGCAUGGACAUAGCCAUGAUGCACAGACCCCUCAUGACACGGGGAUCAGCUCAGUCGUGUUGGAAGUCAAGGAUAGACCACUGGAUGUCCAGAGCUUUAACGACUUGUUAGAUGAGCUGCUGGAAAAUAGUGUGGAUCUCUACCGAUACAAGGGCAUCAUUGCGUUCGAAAAGGAAGGCACAGUGGUGCGCUAUGUGCUGCAGGGAGUGCACGACAUGCUGGAUAUUGCCUUCUCCGGAGAAUGGCCCGCAGAGAAGCCGCUACGUACGCAGGUGGUCCUCAUCGGCCGGCACUUGGACAAGGACGAACUGCAGGAGCGCAUGAAUCGUUGCGCCUUGCUACCAGACACCGUCUGAGG